GAGUUCAGGUAAACACAGUAGAGCAGCUAAACUUAAUCUAUCUGCAGGUUAUCAGUCAAUAAAAUUUAAUCUCCCUGCUUUAAUCAAUUUGUAAACGUGUCGGUUGUUGUUCCUCUCGCAGAACACCAGAAAUGGCCAGAUAUUUCAAAGAGCAAGACAUUGAUGAAUUUAGAGAAUGCUUCUUUUUAUUUGCUCGAUCUGGGCAUAUAAAAUCGCUCGAUGAGCUGACAGUGAUAAUGCGAAGCUUAGGACUUAGUCCUACUAUCAAUGAACUGGCUGGAUAUUUUAAGCAAAAGGGUGGAAAAAUGUCCUUUCCUGACUUCCUUGAAGUGAUGCACAUUCACUCGAGAGUGGAAAACCUUCCAAAGGAAAUCGUGGAUGCAUUUAAAGCCGCAGAUACGGAAAAGAGAGGGGUGACAUCCGCUAAACAUCUGAGACACCUACUACAGAACUGGGGGGAAAGACUGUCGUCCAAAGAGGUUGAUAGAAUUUUCAGAGAAGCGAAUGUGAACAACAACAGCAUGGUCAAAUAUGAAGAUUUUGUUAAGAUUGCAUGCGCUCCGAUUCCUGACUACUAUUAAAAUGGUUCUGUGUGGUAAUUCUACUACUAAUACGAACUAUAAACGAUUAUUUCGGUGCAAUAUUGAAAAUAAACUAUUUAUUAUAUAAAACAGGCACUUACUUGGAGGAAAAGCACAACCACAAAAAUCUUUAAAAUUACGUCGUAAAUAAAGCCACUAUUGAAGCAAGAAAGGAGGUGAAAUUAAAUAAAUAUACUCGCACAAUC